UCAUCCCUCCGCACAACUCUGAAGAGAAAACCAUCAACAAGCAGUCGCGUCAUCCUUUUCCUCAUGAGCGUUAAUCGGUCAUCAGGCCUUCGUUCCGUACCGAAGUGUCUGAAGUGUGUCAUCCGCGUUUCACAUUUUAUCUCCCUGUCUCACAGCCUGAUAAAAACAACCUUGCAAUCGGACCUUCGUCUCACGCUUCAUGCGAUGCAAAAGCCUAUUGUGGCGCCAUCCAUCCAUGGCUCUGCAAUCUGACUAAUCCUUGUGCUCCACUGUCUAGUGCUUCUAGUUUACUUCCCUACCGCACACUAUGCAAACGCUUUGUGCAAUCACGUUCCUAGACAAGGCGCGAUAUCGUCAAAACUAUGGGUCCUAGGCAGGACUAUUGAGGCCGGACUUCAAGUACUAACCCAUACUUAAUACUGCCUUCCAGAUGGGGAGUAGCCAUGGGGUGCAUACGGAGUAUGAACACUGAAGAGAAUACCAAUAAUGGAUGGGGUUCACCAUGAGAUCCAGAGGACCGGAAUGCACUUGGUACUACAUACUACAUACAUUGGUCCAAGAGGCUCAAGGUAUCGACGCCAGCCUCCAGGAGUUAACUGGCUUGGUUCGCGUUUUGCUAGACCCUGAGUCCUGAAUAUCCACAUUGAAGAGCAAACAAAACUCCAAAGAUUGAUACGCGACAAGUUACCCACUACUAACAAUAUUACUAAUCGUCAGGAACAGAGCAGCCCCGUGACUUAGACGACUUGGCACAGUGUUUGGUCCCAGUCAGUCAGCGAUAUUACUUAAUCUAUGAAGACGAGAGCGAAAUCGAACAAUUUGGGACACGACCCAUAAUUGCGCCAAUCUAUCCAAUGGUUCUUGCAAUCUCAUUUUGUGUAAACCCUCGAAUACUAUCCAAUCGCCUACACAGCCUGCCCUGAAUCCCUGGAUACAGUUGAGCCAAUCGAUCGCUGUUAAGGUCCACCGUGCAUACUAUGGUUUGCGGUCCACCCGUGGAUUUUAGGGCUACCGCCUUCGAUCCCCGAUCCGAUCUUUCUUCUCCUCUUGUCUUAAGAUCUCUUGUACAAUUACCCACUUGAGCAUUGCAUUUGG